UCUCAGUCCCGGCCGCCCCUUCAGCCGGAGCGGUCGCUUUCAGAGGGGGGGCUCCUUGUCUCGAGCGCAGCCGCCGUUCGGGCCCUUGGGGGAUGAUGUCGCGCCCCAGCAGCGUCUCCCCGCGGCCGCCUCCGCCGGCCUCCAGCGGCCCUCCGAGCGCGGGGGGACCCUCAGGCUCCGCGGCCUCCGCCUCGUCCGCCCUCUCUUCCUUUGGGGGCGGCGGUGGCCGGGCCAAGGGGCUGAAGGACAUCCGCAUCGACGAGGAAGUGAAGAUCGCCGUCAACAUCGCCCUGGAGCGGUUCCGCUAUGGGGAGCAGAGAGAAAUGGAAUUUCCUUCAUCCUUGACAAGUACUGAAAGAGCAUUCAUUCACCGAUUGAGUCAAUCUCUUGGUCUGAUUUCUAAAAGUAAGGGGAAAGGAGCAAACCGAUACCUAACAGUGAAGAAAAAAGAUGGAUCAGAGUUGGCGCAUGCAGUCAUGACAUGUAAUUUGAUUCCAAACACAAAACAUGCUAUUAGGAGCCUAGUACAGCGCUUUCCUGUCACCAAUAAAGAGCGUACAGAGCUUCUCCCAAAGACAGAGAGAGGAAAUGUUUUUGCUGUUGAAGCUGAGAACAGAGAAAUGAGUAAAACAAGUGGCCGACUUAACAAUGGCAUCCCUCAAAUUCCAGUGAAACGUGGAGAGUCAGAAUUUGAUUCAUUUCGCCAAAGUCUGCCAGUUUAUGAAAAACAAGAUGAAAUUGUUAGAAUCAUUAAAGAAAAUAAAGUUGUUUUAAUUGUGGGGGAAACUGGAUCAGGAAAAACUACUCAGAUUCCUCAGUUUCUACUUGAUGACUGUUACAAAAAUGGAAUACCAUGUCGCAUAUUUUGCACUCAGCCAAGGCGUUUGGCUGCAAUUGCUGUCGCUGAAAGGGUUGCUGCUGAAAGAAGAGAGAAGAUAGGGCAGACUAUCGGUUAUCAGAUCCGACUGGAAAGCAGGGUUUCUCCAAAGACACUUCUAACAUUUUGCACCAAUGGCGUAUUACUUCGUACACUAAUGGCUGGAGAUAGUGCACUAUCAACUGUAACACAUGUUAUUGUGGAUGAAGUCCAUGAGAGGGAUCGGUUCAGUGACUUCUUAUUAACGAAGUUGAGAGACACAUUGCAGAAACACUCGUCUUUGAAACUGAUCCUCUCUAGUGCUGCUCUGGAUGUGAAUCUCUUUGUCAGAUAUUUUGGAGGCUGCCCAGUGAUAUAUAUACCAGGGAGACCUUUUGAAGUAAAAGAGAUGUUUCUGGAGGAUCUACUGAGAAGCACAGGCUAUACAAAUAAAGAAAUGAUCAAAUACAAAAAGGAGAAACAGCGAGAGGAGAAACAACAGACAACUUUGACUGAAUGGUAUUCUGCACAAGACAACAGCAAGCCAGAACUGCAACGACAGAGAGCAGUUCCAAAUGUAGCUGAAGAAUAUGAUUUGUUGGAUGACGGUGGUGACACAGUUUUCAGUCAGUUGGCUGAAAAAGAUGUCAAUUGUCUUGAACCUUGGUUGAUUAAAGAAAUGGAUGCUUGUCUUUCUGAUAUCUGGCUGCAUAAAGACAUUGAUGCCUUUGCACAGGUCUUCCACCUUAUUUUAACUGAAAAUGUCAGUGUUGAUUACCGACACAGUGACACAAGUGCAACAACUUUAAUGGUAGCUUCUGGAAGAGGUUUCUUGAGCCAAGUUGAACAGCUGAUUGGUAUGGGAGCAAAUGUUCACAUCAAAUCAUCCAACGGCUGGACAGCUUUGGAGUGGGCUAAACAUUUUGGCCAGACAGAAGUGGUCGACCUCCUGGAAUCCUACUGUGCCUCACUGGAGUCUGGCAAUCUAGAUGAAAGUUCCUUGGUCCAUGCUAAUGCCAGUGAACUUAGUGUGGAAGAUCAAGAACUCCUGAAAGCUUACCAUCAUAGUUUUGAUGACGAAAAGGUGGAUCUUGACCUGGUCAUGCACUUAUUGUACAAUAUCUGUCAUAGCUGUGAAGCUGGAGCCGUUUUAAUUUUCCUUCCUGGAUAUGAUGAGAUUGUCGGUUUGAGGGAUCGCAUACUCUUUGAUGACAAGAGGUUUGCUGAUAAUGCUCACAGAUUUCAGGUUUUUAUGCUGCAUUCAAACAUGCAGACCUCUGAUCAGAAGAAAGUUCUGAAGACCUCACCUCAAGGUAUUCGCAAAAUAAUACUUUCUACAAAUAUUGCGGAAACCAGCAUUACAGUUAAUGAUGUCGUCUUUGUGAUUGACUCUGGAAAAAUGAAAGAGAAGUCCUUUGAUGCAUUGAACUGUGUAACUAUGCUAAAGAUGGUAUGGAUUUCUAAAGCUAGUGCUGUUCAAAGAAAGGGCAGGGCAGGACGUUGUCGGCCUGGAAUUUGUUUCCGACUUUUCAGUAGACUAAGAUUUCAAAAUAUGCUGGAAUUUCAGACUCCAGAACUUCUAAGAAUGCCUCUACAGGAACUCUGUUUGCAUACAAAAUUGCUAGCUCCUAUCAAUUGUCCAAUUGCUGAUUUUUUAAUGAAAGCUCCAGAACCACCACCUGCUUUAAUUGUGAGAAAUGCUGUGCAGAUGCUUAAGACAAUAGAUGCUAUGGAUACCUGGGAGGAUCUGACAGAACUAGGCUAUCAUCUGGCUGACCUACCAGUAGAGCCGCAUCUUGGUAAAAUGGUGUUGUGUGCUGUUGUUCUCAAGUGCCUGGAUCCAAUUCUGACCAUCGCAUGCACUCUUGCAUAUCGUGAUCCAUUUGUGCUGCCGACACAAGCAUCUCAGAAACGUGCAGCCAUGCUGUGCAGAAAACGAUUCACUGCAGGGACUUUUAGUGACCAUAUGGCUCUUCUCCGGGCUUUCCAGGCAUGGCAGAAGGCUCGAAGUGAUGGUUGGGAAAGAGCUUUUUGUGAGAAAAAUUUCCUGUCUCAAGCAACAAUGGAGAUUAUCAUAGGAAUGAGAACACAGUUACUUGGACAGCUCAGAGCAUCAGGAUUUGUUAGAGCCAGAGGUGGUGGUGAUAUAAGAGAUGUUAACACAAAUUCAGAAAACUGGGCUGUGGUUAAAGGUGCCUUAGUAGCUGGAAUGUAUCCAAAUAUAGUUCAUGUUGAUAGAGAGAACACUGUAUUAACUGGGCCAAAAGAGAAGAAAGUUCGAUUUCAUCCUACCUCAGUUCUCAGCCAACCUCAAUAUAAAAAGAUUCCACCAGCUAAUGGUCAAGUGGCAGCUAUUCAGGCACUCCCCACUGACUGGCUUAUAUAUGAUGAAAUGACACGAGCCCACCAAAUUGCCAAUAUCAGGUGCUGUUCAGUUGUGACUCCAGUCACUGUGGCUCUCUUUUGUGGAUCAGCUAGGUUGCCAAGCAAUGCUUUACAGGAGCCAUCAUCCUUCAGAGUUGAUGGUGCUCCUAAUGACAGCAGUGACAGUGAGAUGGAAGACAGAACAACUGCUAACUUGGCUGCACUGAAACUGGAUGAAUGGCUCAAUUUCAAACUAGAUCCAGAGGCAGCUAGCCUCCUCUUACAACUGAGGCAGAAAUGGCACAGUUUAUUUUUGCGACGGAUGAGAGCCCCCUCAAAGCCCUGGUCUCAAGUUGAUGAGGCAACUAUACGAGCAAUCAUUGCAGUGCUGAGCACUGAAGAACAAUCUGCAGGUCUACAGCAGCCUUCAGGAAUUGGGCAGAGACCAAGACCAAUGUCAUCUGAAGAACUUCCCUUAGCAUCUUCAUGGAGAUCAAACACUAGCCGGAAAAGCUCAGCUGAAGCAGAGUUUGCAGAUGAUGCUUUUAAUGCUGAGAGAAAUCCCCCCAAACCAGCUUUAAGUUAUGAUAUAAACAAAGAGCAGAACAAUACAAUAUUAAGAGUCCUAAUGAAAUCAGCUUCUCCAGCAUUUCACCAACCACUGAAAUACAAAGAGAGAAAUGUCCUACAUCCUAAACGAAGUACAGAUGACAGGACAGACCAGUCAUCUGUGAAAUCUACUGACAGCAGCAGUUAUCCCAGCCCCUGUGCCAGUCCUUCUCCUCCAUCAUCUGGGAAGGGCUCUAAGUCUCCUUCUCCAAGGCCAAAUAUGCCAGUUCGGUACUUUAUUAUGAAAAGCAGCAAUCUGAGGAACCUUGAGAUUUCUCAACAGAAGGGAAUUUGGUCUACAACUCCAAGUAAUGAGCGAAAACUGAAUCGAGCUUUUUGGGAGAGCAGUGUUGUUUAUUUGGUAUUUUCUGUUCAAGGAUCAGGACAUUUCCAGGGUUUUGCUCGAAUGUCUUCAGAGAUAGGACGUGAGAAAAGUCAAGAUUGGGGUUCUACAGGUUUAGGGGGUGUAUUCAAGGUAGAAUGGAUCCGGAAAGAAAGUCUUCCCUUUCAGUUUGCUCAUCACUUGCUCAACCCUUGGAAUGACAACAAGAAAGUACAAAUAAGCCGAGAUGGCCAGGAACUAGAACCUCAGGUUGGUGAACAGCUGCUACAAUUGUGGGACCGUAUUCCUUUAGGAGACAGAAACACAGCUGAUUGAAAAUACAGUAGCAGACUCAGAGUUAUGCUUUCUCUCUUGAUGGUUGCACCUCAUGUGAAAGCAACGAUCUGCUAAAAUCACAAGUACGCCUACAUGAACUAAAUUCCAGAAUGAAAAAGACUUGAGGGAAUUCAGUGGUGUUCUUCUAGUACAGACUGGAUUUCAUUCUGUGUCCUGUGUUGAAAGAAGAAAUGCAGGCUGCUCUUAUGUUCAUAAAGUAAUCUCUUCUGAAUGCUUCACUGUCAGGCUUCAGAUGUUAGGACACUAGAAUAGACUGAAGCCUCUGGCAAGCUUGAAGUAACAUUGUCAUUCUUAAUAUAUGGACGAAACGAUGAGUCUGAGAGAAAUGAGUAAAACUCACUGUCUGAAUUGUAUCCUUUUCAGACACUGUUCAAGGGAAAAUGCAGGUAUAAUUUCAGAAUGUGAAGUUCUAUGGACAGUCUUUGUUAUAGGAGUAACAAGUAUUUGACACAUUAGUUAAGAGGUUCUCCUCCCCCUAGGUUAAAUCCAUUCAAAACAUGUUGGAUACUGUUGUCAGUAGAUUGGCUUUAGGGUAUAUAAAUUUUGGCCAUAUUCAUGUCCAGUAUAAAGUCACAAACAUUGGUAUUGAAGGUUGAAAGAAAAACAGCAACACAUAUAUGUGUACUUUGCCUGUACAGCACUUCUGUCUCUGUCAUCUUUUGAAGAUUGUUUGCCUAAUCAAUAGUUUACAAAGAGUAAAGGAGAAAUGUCACAUUUAACCAGAAGAAAAAUUAUAGAUUUAGUCUUGAAGAAGCAAAUUACUGAGCAGUGUUCUAAGCUAAUAAAUGUAAAAAGAAUGUGAGUUUUCUGUACAAACCACAAAGUGAAAAUAGAGGAACACUACAUUAGCAUUUUAACAAAAGAUUCUGGAUUUGGAUCUACUGGCUUUUCUAGUUCAGUUUUUAUGUAUAGAGACCUAUUUGAUUUCUGACAAUAUGUAGUUGAAUUCAUCUGUACAUCCAUACAGCAUUCUUGUUAAAUUUUACUGACUGUAAUCUAAGCCAUUUAAUUUGUUUAUAAGUUAUGAAUUGGAAGUAAUAUAUCUUUAGAAUGAAGUUUCUUGUUUGUAGCUGUACAGUGUUUUUAGAACAAUUUGAAACUAUAGCAGAAGAACACAAACAGUUCUGUAUUGACUCGAGACUGUAUUUUCACAGUUUGAUUGUUAUAUUGCCUGUAAUUUAUGUUGCACCUUUAACUAUGUUCUAAUUGUUCUGCUGCAGUCAUGGGUAAACACAGCAAUAAAUUGUAAUGGCAGCUUUGACACGGGUAGUAGAAAUCAGCAAGUGCUGUUUUGUAUAAUUUCCUCCAGUUGGUUUCAGAUUUCAGAUGCAGGUGUUUUGGACUACAAAGGAAUGUGAAGAAUGGUCAGUUUCGUAGUUUCUAAAGCAUAAUCUAAUGAAAAAUCAUUUGAAAAUGUAAUGUUAACAUAUUGCUGUGUGUCCUUUUAACCUCAAAUAAAGCUACAACACAUGUUGAA